GCUCGAGCUUCACUUUUCUCUCCGUGCGCGAGCUGAACCACCCUUACAGAGAUCUCGGGAUCUGAGCGCGAGCUGUACAGAGAUCUCCGGAUCCGAGGAACUGAAACCUGGAGCUGGAGCCUGAAUGUAGAAAGAGGGCACUGGAUUCCCAGCAGCACGUUUAGGGGACUUUUUGGGGAACGUGCUGAAGCGAACACUGUCUCCGAGUCUUGGAGAAAGUUAAGUUUCUGACUCUGGGAUAUGUUAUCGCUGAUUUGAACCUGAGACUGCAAGCUGUGAAUUGUUUUCAUGAGACGGAACGCAGUGCGCAGAAAACCAUGGUGAAAAACGCGUGGGGAUAAUCAGAAAAAGAGCAAGAGGAUACAAGUUUUGUCUUGAAGAACAAAUCUUUGGGAAGUGUCUAACAUAUCGAACACCAUGGCGUCCAGUUUAACGUGUGCGGGUGUGGUGUGGUCGCUCGUGUCCCUGCUGAGUGCCGUGGCGUGCUGCGUGGGAUUCUUCAUGCCAUACUGGCUGCUCGGAUCUCAGAUGGACAAGCCGGUGUCUUUCGGCACAUUCCGUCGCUGCUCGUACCCGGUGCGUGAUGAGGCCAGGCAGGCCACGGUGAUGCUGGAGCAGUGCGGCCGCUACGCCUCGUUUCAGGGCAUCCCGAGCGUGGAGUGGCGCAUCUGCACGGUGAUCACGGGCACCGGCUGCGGGCUGCUGCUGCUCGUGGCGCUCACGGCGCUGAUGGGAUGCUGCGUGUCCGAGCUGAUCUCGCGCACCGUGGGCCGCGUGGCGGGGGGCGUGCAGUUCGUCGGAGGUCUUCUCAUUGGCUCGGGAUGUGCCCUGUACCCUCUCGGCUGGGACAGUGAGGAGGUCAAACAGACAUGUGACAACCGCUCAGACCAGUUUGAACUGGGCUCGUGUGAAAUUGGCUGGGCGUAUUACUGCACCGGAGCGGGAGCAGCUACAGCCAUGCUGAUCUGCACCUGGCUGGCCUGCUUUGCCGGCAAGAAACAGAAGCAGUACCCAUAUUAGGAGAGAUCCAGACAGCUUUAGCUUUAUCUUCAGCUUUAAGCACAGAGCGAACAGCACAGAGCAGUCAAGGACGAGUGCCUCAGCGUGGACUAUACGGAGCAGAGACGCUCUUUCACCUAAGGCAUGAGCACUUUCUCCAUUCCUCCUUUAUCCGGCUGCUGGAAUCCCUCUCACAGGCUGAUUGCUCACAUGGAAGUAUCUUUUGACAUAAAAUAGACUGAUCACACACAGCAACUGAUGCGCUCUCAUAUCAAACAUGUCUAGAGGACAAAUGUCAGAUAAUCAGAAGGACCGCUUAUCCUUAAUGUCUUCUGUUAAUCCUGAGAGUGCUCUUUUUUCUUUGUUCAGUGUACUAGUGCUAGUAAAAUCUGUCCUAAAUAUAAACAUCCAUCAUUAUUAUGAAUUGUUUAUAUUUACAUUUACACUACGAAAUGCAAUAAUUGUCAUAUUCACCAUACAGUGUUAAAUAAGCAUUAUCAAAAGGUUAAUGUCUAUCAUUUUAUGAUCAUGUAUACUAUGGAUACAGUAUACGCUAUAUUCGUACAUUGUGAUAUACAGUAUAUGCUUCAUAUCGAAACACAUUUUGUGAUAAUGUACAAAACAUGUAUUGUAUCAUCCAUUAUAUGUUGUAAAUAAAAACCUUUUCAUCAACAGAA